GAAGGUGAGUGGCUGGGAAGCUAACAUGCCUCCAACAACUCAUGACCUCUCCGAAAUUGAACGACGAUUAGGCUUUAGUACCAAAUCGGAAGAUGUACAAGACUACCUUCAACUUUUGGCAAGCACGGACGCAGCUAUUCAAGAUGUCCUUUCCAUGUCUGAUUGCACUCCCUUGGUGGAUCUCCAGCGAUUCCCGCGAUCCGACAUUCAUAUUCCAACCGAUGAAGACAAUCCACAUCAAGGGUGGGCAUGCAAAGUCACUGUAAACGGUACUUCAGAGGGGAUACUCAAAGGCAGAAAGAUAUGUUUAAAGGACACUAUCUGCCUCGCCAAAGCACCCUGUCACUUUGGCACUGCAGUUAUUGAGGAUUUCGUUCCCGACAUCGACGCGACAGUCGUCACUAGGAUUCUAGAGAAAGGAGGGAUAAUCGUCGGGAAAGCUACCUGCGAGGACUUGUCCCAUGGUGCCGCCUCCUUUACCUCCCAAAAUGGUCCCGUUCAAAAUCCUUAUGCACACGGAUUUUCUGCUGGUGGCUCGUCUUCGGGUUGCGGUGCUCUUAUCGGAAGUGGGGAAGUUGAGAUGGGUGUUGGAGGUGACCAAGGCGGUAGUAUACGGAUUCCAGCCGCCCUCUGUGGUAUUGUGGGUCUUAAACCAACGUUCGGUCUCGUCCCCUAUACCGGAGUACUCUCUUCCGAAGCCGCUUUGGAUCACAUAGGUCCCAUGGCACGCACCGUCCCCGACACUGCUCUUAUACUCCAAUCCAUAGCUGGAUACGACGGUAUCGACGACCGUCAACUCGGUGCACCCGCUCCCGACAACCUCCCUUCAUACAUCGCUGCAACCACGAACCUCUCUCCCCUCAAUCCUUUAAUAGGAAUCAAGAUCGGCGUCCUGAAAGAAGGUUUCUCUUCAAGUUAUCUGGCACCUGACGUUGAAACAGUCGUAAGAGCCGCCAUCGACAGAUUCACUUCCCUUGGAGCCACAGUUAUCGAUGUUUCAGUCCCUGAUCAUCCAAAAGCUACCUCUGUGAUGCAUGUUGUUAAUAAGCUAGGAAGUAGCCAGGCCAGGUUAGGUAGGGCUAAUUCAAGGAGGGGGUUGUAUAUUAAUGACUUUCUUGAUAAACUACUCCCGUGGGAUCAGGAGAAGUGGGAUAAGGUCCACUCUUUCGUUCGAGGGUAUAUUUUUGAUCUAUCCAUUGAGCCAGACUUCUCAUGUUUACUACUAAUUAGGACCGCUAUAAGCGGAGAAUACGGCUUUACGAAAUACCCCUCCGCCUACGGCCGAGCUAUGAAUCUAGUCCGGAAGCUCAAAGAUGAUUACGACGCCGUUCUUCGAGACGUUGACGUCCUAGUCAUGCCAACCGUCCCUGUUACUGCUCGACGACAUGCACCUCCAGGUGCGGGUCCAUUGGUUUGUGCGAAGACCACAGCUGGCCUUGUCGACAACACAGCAGUGUUCAACGGUACAGGCCACCCUGCGUUGUCUAUACCAGUCGGGUUCGGGUCUCCCGGAGUACAAGAUAUUUUGCACCCUGAGGACGAGGGAAUUCGGCUUCCGGUCGGAAUGCAGAUUGUAGGCCCGUGGUUUCAGGAGGAGAUAUGUCUGAGAGUCGGGGCUGCGUGGGAGGCUGCUUGGGAUUGGAAGGCUGGGGAUGUGAAGGGAUCGGUAUGAAUGGCUUCUUAUGCUAAUACACUCGAGUUUGAUCUGAACC